AUGUCGUUAACAUUGAAGCUCUCCUCCUUGGUAAUCAGGACUUUGUCCAAACCAAUUGCUUCUCAAAUCAAAGGCCAAGCCCGCGAACAUGAACGGUUUCGCAAGAUCUGCGUCUCUAUGGCGCAAGCCCUUCACCGAUUCGAUAUGCGUCUCCGACUAGGCACCCUCCGCGAUAGUGCCGCGGCACAACGUCGAGCCGCCGCCGAAGCCGAAGCUCGAAAACACAAGCCUUCAAUGCCCACCGUUCGAAAUGCCGCCGACAUGAAAGCCGCAGAGGAGGCAGAGGCCAAGGCCAAGGCUGCGGCAGAAGAGGCAGCCAAACCACACCACUAUCACAUUCGUCCCCUUUCCGAGUCUAAAGCUAUUGAGUCUGGUGCCAACUUCAUCUCCGAAUCCUUCCUCUUCAUUGUUGCUGGAAGCCUGAUCCUCUUUGAGUCGUGGCGGUCACGGAAUAAGGAAAGCACACGACGGGAAGGCGUGGAAGGAAGAUUGGCAGAGCUGGAAAAAUCCGAAGAGGCCGCACGUGAAGCUCUGGUGGCACUAGAAAAGGAGCUGCUCCAGUUACGAGCGAAGCACGGUGACUUGCCCAAGUUGUCGACGAAGAGGAUUCUGUCUCCUGAGAUAUAUGAACAAGCCCCAGAACCGGAUACGCCAGUAGUCGCACAGGGGUGGCUCUCACGCAUUUCCUCAUACAUUUCAUUUGGUCAAAGCGCUGCGAACACGACUGCGCCUACCACCCAGCCCACAAUAGAAAAGGCGGAUUCGACACCAACUCUGGACCAUUCUUCUGCAUCAGCAUCAGCUAGUCAGAGCUCACCAUCUGCAUCGAAAACCUUGUGA